AUGAAGACCAGACUAGGCUGCCUGUCCAACAAGUCUGACUCCUACAAUGACUUCUCUGAGUUCCUGCCUCCCGCGCAAGAGACCACAGCCAGGUGUCUGAAACUAUCAACGGAUGAGGUUGUGCGAUGGUCUGAAUCAUUUGAGCAACUCAUCUCUCACAAAUAUGGACUGCCUGCAUUCCGGACGUUCCUCAAGACAGAGUUCAGUGACGAGAAUAUAGAGUUUUGGAUGGCCUGCGAAGAGUACAAAAAAAUCAAGAGCUCAGCCAAGCUUGUGUCAAAAGCCAACAAGAUCUUUAAGGAGUUCAUUGAUGUUCAGGCACCAAGAGAGAUAAACCUUGACUACCGCACCAGGGAAAGGACCAAGCAGAGCUUGUCGGAUCCCAAACCAAACAGCCUCAAUGAGGCCCAAGCUAAAAUCUACAGCCUCAUGGAGAAAGACUCCUACCCACGGUUUCUCAGGUCCAAGAUGUACCAGGAUAUAAUCAACAGGGCACAAGCGCAAGGCCAGCGGAGGUCUGUUUAACCAAAUUUGAAGACCACAGCGGACAUGAUACUGGACCUAUACUGUAGAUCAUUCAUUAACCCUUUGACAUCAUCUCUUAAUACUGUGAAUCUGCAAAGAUG